CAUUUUUAUAAGGGAUAUUAUAACAACUGCUUGGUAGAGGAAUAGCUGAAGGGCAGGGCUUGUCGUUUUGAAUGUUUGUGUCGUUUGAAUGUCGUUUGUAUCUCCAUGAGCAGUCUAAAUUCUGUUGAGCUCAGAGUAAACAUACUGCAGCACACAAAAGACUCGACCGAGCUCUCACCUAGCGCAGGUGAGCCGCGGGAAAACGUCACACUUGAGUGACAGCUGAAUUUUAAUAGCCUGCGGUCGCCCCGCCCCUUUUGGAUCUUUGUUUAGCCAAUCAUGUGUCCCCCCCAAACUAUCGGACUGAGAAGAAGUCACACUGGAAGGAAAGGCAAAAGCUAUCCACUUACAGAGACACCCGAUAUCACACGCAUGGCGCAAGGGUAACCUGAUCAGCUUUGGUAAAAACGAGGCGUGGUGAUAGACUAAAGGAAUCCGAGGAUUAAAAACAAUGUCUGUUUCCUCUAGUGAAGUGACAGUGACGGGCGACAUCAAAAAGGAAAAUGUGAAGUGCGCGGAGCCUCUCGAGAUCUCCGCGGAGGGUCGGGAGCAAUCCCGGGACACUCCGACUUCCACUGUGAUGCUUUUAGGGCAACAGCAGUCUUCUCCAUCGGAGCGCAAGAUGCCCAUUAUGGACUCUUUGACUGCGCACAGUUCACCCACAGCAGCUACCUCUUUGGCUUUCUCACCGGAGCAGGUUGCUUGUGUUUGCGAAGCGCUUCAGCAGGGAGGCAACGUGGAUCGGCUCUCCCGUUUUCUGUGGUCUCUCCCGCAGAGUGACUUACUGCGCGGAAACGAGAGUAUACUACGCGCGCAGGCGCUGGUGGCUUUCCAUCAGGCGCGCUACCAGGAGCUGUACAGCAUUUUGGAGAGCCACAGCUUCAGCCCUUCGUGCCACUCAGCCCUGCAGGAUUUGUGGUACAAAGCCCGGUACACAGAGGCGGAGAAAGCCCGCGGUAGACCGCUGGGCGCAGUGGAUAAAUACCGUCUGCGACGGAAGUAUCCCCUGCCCCGGACCAUUUGGGAUGGAGAGGAGACGGUGUACUGCUUCAAAGAGCGCUCCAGGAACGCGCUGAAGGACCUCUAUAAGCACAACCGGUACCCGUCACCAGCCGAGAAGAGGAAUUUGGCCAAGAUCACAGGACUCUCCCUGACACAGGUCAGCAACUGGUUUAAAAACAGGAGGCAGAGAGACAGAAACCCCUCAGAGACACAGUGCAAAAGUGAGUCAGAUGGAAAUCACAGUACAGAGGAUGAGAGCAGUAAAGGACAAGAAUCCUUGUCCCCAUGUCCGAUGUCGACCUGUGCCGAUGGGACCGUGCCUCUCUGCUCUGGAGCUCUGGAGGCCGGGGUCAUCAUCCAGCAGGUUGAAGAUAGCAGGAGCUCCAUUUCCCCACCCUCGGUCAUCUUUAACGGAGUUUCGAUAAACACACCCACCUCCAUUUACCACAAUGGCACCCCCUUCCUUUCUUCGACAGGACACAUGCUCUUCAGUGGUAUGAACGUGGGACUCCAGCCUUUGUCUUGCAGGUCUGCAGAGCAGGAUAAAGGGGCAUACACCUCAUUUCACUGCAGCAUAAAUGGGACAGAGGCAGAUGUGAAAGCUGAAAAUGUGAGCCAAGAAGUGUCUGUCCGAGACAGGGCCGAAACGAUUAGCUUGUCGUUCGGUACUACGCCGACUAAUGGAGCCCUGCACUACAACUUGGUGACUGUACAAGGAGCAGUGCCUGAUGGCAAUGGGACUUCGCUGCUUAGCAACAAAGUGGUACUUCCUCCUUUGCAACUCCCAUCAUCUUCAUCAACCUCAUCUGUUACACAAGGUGCUAUUUCAUUAAGUAAUGCUUCUGCUCGAACAUCUCUGUGCCAUCUGGAUGAGGUGGAGGAGCACGACAGACUGCGACUGACCUCACUCGAGCCCAGCACAGCACUUUACAGCCUGGCUGCUUCACACGUACUGUCCAAUGUAAAGAAGGAACCCCUGGAAAGUGCCGAUGGAUACCUUUACCACCCUGCACUUCACCUGGAGCAGACUGCUCACCUGGGCUACUCGAACACCUCUGACCCCAUCCACAACUCCACAACCUCACUUAACACCACCUUGACGACAAGCCAACAUGAGUACACAACUCUCACAGUGAGCUCUCCCUUACUCGCCCAAACAGACAUUACCGGUGAGUUCAGAGGUCAUGAUGUCCAUGUGACCUCAAACCUAAAUGGUGACUUCCUGUGUGCAGUAUCAGAGGGGGGGAAGGUCCCGGACGAGAUGGUGAGAGAAAUGGAGGAAGAGGGGAAAAAACUGACUAAACUAAAAACAGUUCAUAUAGAGGAAGAGAUGACUGACUUAUGAACUUAUGUUGCUUAAAUAAGGAGGUAAAAUAUUAUUUUACACUAUUUUUGAUUGAGUUUUAUGGUUUCAAUGUUUUGUUUUUAAGUAUUAAUUUAUUAUGGUGAAUUUGUCGCCUGAUUUUAUCCAGUUUGGUUUGGAUAAUCUAUGCAAAGACAUAUUUGGAGGGCAUAUUUUUCAAAAGUGUUUGUUUUAUCUUUUCUUUUUUCUCUUUCUUGUUCCACACACAGUUUAAGAUCAGUAGUUGUGUAAAAUACAAUAAUACUUUAUAUGCAUUUCAUCAUAUCUGUCCACACUCUAGUUUCAUACUUCUUUUAAAAAAGUGUUUACAUUAUUUUUGGUACUACAGAAACCAAAUUUACUCCGAAGAGUCAUCAGAGAGAUGUAAUUUUCUCUAUCACUCUUUCUCUCACUCUGAGGAGUGUGGACACAUGUAUAUUUUAUGGGAGUCACCUGUUAUUUUCUGCCAAGAAUAGUUGAGUUUAACCGACAGGUGGGUGUGUGGUCAUGUGACAUCCAUGUUCUAGAGCCGUGCAGUGUCAUUUCAACAUUAAAGGUCACAUUCGCACAUGCACACAUAGAGAUUAAAAACACUUAUUAUUUAAAUAUACACAAUAGGAAGCCAUAACACAUACACACUUUAACACAUAUGUACACAUAUAAGUGCUAAAGUAAAAAAACAUUAUUUUAAAGAAAUAUAAUAUGCAGCUGAUAACAAACUAAAUGCCAGUUAAAACCAAUAGCAGCAAUAAUAAAAACACAAGCUAUUAAUUUACAUUUUAAACCAAAAAUGUCUCUGUACAUUAAGUGGUACAGUUGUAAAUGUGAAAGAUAUAUUUAUAUAAGUGUGUUUGUGUGCGUGCAUCUGGGAGUUUUUUAUUUUUUUUUAGAUUGUUAUGUGCAAUCUUAAAUGCGUGAUUGGACUUCAGGUUGCUUGAUUUUUUUGUGCUGGUGUGGUAUAUGCAGUAUUUAACUUGAUGACAACAGCUAUGCAACUGUUCUGGGACAGAAAAAAGCAGAGAUGAUAGCAAUGCUGUCUAGCUUCAUAAACUGGACAUGCGUCUUACAGCUAUCAGUAAUUCGAAUGAUACAGGUGUAAAAUUAAGUCAUGUAGAGUUGUAAAUGUAUGAUCAAAAAGCAAAACAGCCUUGUGUGAAUAUUAUUUUAGCAUGAAAAAUGUUAAAAGUUGAAGAAACGUGUAUUUUUCUAAAAAAAAGGCACAUAAACGUGUGCAAUUAAAUAUUUAUAUUCAAUAUA